AUGUGUCACUUUACCCAAAGAAGUUCAACUUUGUCAUUUCCAAAAAUAUGUAAUAUAUUUUGGCGGUUUCAUCAUACAAGUACAUCCCACUUGUGCAGCUGCAGUAAGACAGCUAGUGAUGAAAAAUACCAAGAUCCUUUUCAACUUGGUAGAAAAGACUUGAAGAAUCUCUAUGAAGAUAUUAAAAAGGAAUUACUUGUAUCUACAGCAGAACUUAAGGAAAUGUGUGAUUAUUACUUUGAUGGGAAAGGAAAGGCCUUUCGACCAAUGAUUGUGGUGCUAAUGGCAAGGGCUUGCAACAUUCACCAUAAUAAUUCCAGGGAGGUGCAAGCAAGCCAGCGCUCUGUGGCCAUAAUUGCUGAGAUGAUCCACACAGCUAGCCUAGUUCAUGAUGAUGUUAUUGAUGAUGCAAAUUCUCGCAGAGGAAAGAUGACAGUCAAUCAAAUUUGGGGAGAGAGGAAGGCUGUUUUAGCUGGUGACUUCAUCCUCUCAGCUGCUUCCGUAGCUUUAGCGCGAAUUGGAAACACUACUAUCAUCUCUGUUCUAACUCAGGUGAUUGAAGAUCUGGUGCGUGGUGAAUUCCUCCAGUUGGGUUCCAAGGAGAACGAGAAUGAGAGAUUUGCUCACUACCUCGAGAAGACUUUUAAGAAGACUGCGAGUCUGAUAGCAAACAGUUGUAAAGCAGUUUCAAUUCUAGGCUGCCCUGAUCCCAAAGUUCAUGAGAUUGCAUACCAGUAUGGAAAAAAUGUUGGCAUUGCUUUUCAGCUGAUAGACGAUGUGCUGGAUUUUACAUCGUGUGCCGACCGUCUGGGGAAACCAGCAGCAGCAGAUCUCAAGCUUGGAUUGGCCACGGGCCCCGUCUUAUUUGCUUGCCGACAGUUUCCAGAAAUGAACGCCAUGAUCAUGCGACGGUUCAGUAAGCCAGGAGACGUCGAACGUGCGCGGAAAUACGUGUUGCAGAGUGAUGGAGUGCAGCAAACCACCUACCUCGCCCAGCGCUACUGCCACGAAGCCACGCGCCAGAUCAGCAAACUGCGGCCCUCCCCGGAGAGAGAAGCCCUCAUCCAGCUGACGGAGAUGGUGCUCAUGCGAGACAAGUGAGACAGCUCCUCCCCUCCUUCUGGCAGCUACUUACCAGACUGUGCCUAAAGUUACUUCAAAAAGUUAUCUGCUUCCAACACAGGCUACCAAAAAUUAUUUUUUUAAAAAACUACUUUUUUUUUUUUUUUGGAAGUUCAACUUUUCUUUUUUUUUUUUAAAUACAAAAGUUUAAAGUGUUUUAUUGUGGGAAGCCAUACAGUUCAGAGCAAAUCAAACUGUGCUGUACGAUUGUUUUAGUGGGGGCUGUUAAUCGCGGGGGGUGGGGAAGAUGUUUACAUGGUGAUGCACAAAGGCCACAAUGAGAAUAAAUACCAAUCAGUGGAUGAGAA